CUUUAGUUCAUGGUUCUGUCUGCAUAACCGCCAGCUCUGAUUGCAAACAGGAAAUUCUUUCUGUUUCCUCCAGUUGAUCGUCAAAAGGUUCUGGAACAUUUGCCGUUUUCAGAAGAGCAAUGAGCUGCAAAUACAGUCUCUUGUUUUUAUUAUUCUCUGGCUUCGCUGUGCUGUCUGUCUCAACAAAGACAUGUGAAAAGGGAACGUCCUGCACCAUUAAGCUGCCAACACAAAACAUACCUAAUGAGAUAACAUGGACCCAUCUCUCUGGUGGUGACUUAAUUAGCAGGAAAAAUGGGAAGAUCAAGAUUAACACUCUAAAGGGAACAAUAGAAGAAGAUGGAUCAUUAACAUUUAAAAGUGUUAGUCUGAAGAACACCGGCAAAUAUAAAUACAGUUUUUAUGCUAGUGACGGUACAGAGACUAGUGGCCAAGUGGAAAUGAAAGUUUAUGCUAACCUCCCCAAACCUACUGUGAUGUUUCACUGCCAACCUAAUGGAAGUGCACACUUAACAUGUGGCAUUCCAUACAGUGACGAUCUGACUAUAUCCUGGUAUAAUGGAAAACAAAUCAUCAACGAUACAAGUGAAAAGCAACUGUUCUUGACACCUGCUCAAAAACAGGAGAAUAAACUGUAUUCAUGCCAUGCAAAAAAUCCUAUCAGCGAAGAACAAAGUGAGAGCAUUACAUUAUCAUGUCCUGCAGGUGAAGGGUCAGGUGCUCGCAAACUCUUUGGCUUUGAUUUUUGGACCUUGGUGAGCAUUUUAUCAGGUGGAGGAGCCCUUCUGCUGCUGCUAAUAUGUGUUCUAGUCAUCUGUGUGUGUCGAAGCUGUAGCCAACAAAAGAAGCACCAACAAGAUGAAGAGGAGCUCAGGCUGAGGGUUUUUCAAGAUGAAGCUCCUAACGGUACAGCCAGAUCCAAACACACUGCUAGGGGGCAACCGGCACCCCCCAUCCCGCAAGAAGACCUAUCUCCACAAACCCCAACACAAACUCAGACUCAACCCAAAGCCCAGACCCGCGCUCGACCUCCACCACCGCCAGAGGACAAUGAGGAAUAUCCUCCUUCCUUACCUCGCCCUAGGAAUAAACAACACCGCAAGAGAAAUGAAGAGCCCUACCGACCAAUGGAAUGAGAUGCUUGUAUGCUCACUGAAAGAGUAACAUGGGGCCUAAAUGGAAUGAUUUUCAUAAGCCAUACUGUGAUGGUAAGAGUGUCAUUAAAGAAAUAGCAUGGUAAAAAUUU